AUGGCAUCCAGAGCUCUUCUGUCAAGCGUGAUUACCGCAAUGCUGUUUGUCAUGAUAUUCUCCAGAAGAUCAACACGCCUUCCCAGUUUUCAGCACAUGAGCCAAAAUGCUAUUUGCGUAAGCAGGUCACACCACAGCUACAUGAUGAAACCCUCCCGCGUGCUAUCCGUUCCACCAGCAUUUUCCAGUGCCUUAGCUGAAUAUGAGAAAAUGCACAGUAAGUGUUAUCACAGCCUGAAGCAGUCAAUCACGAACCCAGCGGCGGGAGGUUCUUGUAAAUACCUAGUGCACUACGAACUUGAUGGGUUGGGAAAUCGCCUCCUGGGCUUGGUCUCCACAUUUGUCUUCUCCCUGCUUACCAACAGAGUGCUCCUCAUAGAUCCCAAGGGCCAGUCUGCGAAACUGCUUUGUGAGCCUUUUGCCAAUUCUUCGUGGCUGGUCCCUCAAGAAUUCCCACACUUCCAUUUGGACCAAGCACAGUCCCUUGAAAAAGCUGUCCAAUCCAAAAAAUUUGGGAGCAUGGUUCAUGUGUGGGUGGCGAGCCUGCAUAGGGACCAAGAUAUUUUCCAUCACCAAGUCCGUUCCAAGCUCAAGAAUGUCACCUGGAUUUCCUUGACGAGUAAUCUAUACUUUGUCCCUCGGCUAUUUACGUUCCCAGAGUUUUGGAAGCCGCUCAUGUCACUGUUUCCCGAUGUGAGGAUGGCCUUCACUCACUUAACCAGAUACCUUCUUCUACCUCAAGAUCACGUAUGGGAAAAGAUUGUUCGUUUCGAUUCCACAUAUCUCUCUGGCCCAGGUAAACAGCUGGGCAUACAGAUCCGUCUCCAUCACCGUGAUGAUCCAGGAGAAUUUGAUCAGCGGUCGUUCGAUCGGAUCUUGGAAUGUCUCAUUGGAAAAGAGUUCCUGCCGAUGAUGAUGAACUCGACAACAGAGAUAAUAUCAGCACAUCCACCCAAGAGGAUCAAAGUGUUUGUCGCUUCAUUGCAAGGCCGAUACUUUCAGGAAUUGAAGCAGAUGUACCUAAAAUAUCCAUCUGUGGAUGGAAGCCUCGUCCAGAUCUACACAUUCUCACAAGAAGGCGUCCAGAAUGAGUCGAUCCAACAGGCAACAAAUGCACUAGCAGAGAUGUGGCUUUUGGGAUUCAGUGACGUGCUUGUCACCAGUAGCUCCUCCACAUUUGGCUAUAUAGCACAAGGGAUUGCAGGUGUCCGACCCUACGUGCUUCACAUCCGACCAGAAGAUCUAAAAAACUGCUCGUUGCCGGCAUGCUCCCGCCGCCUUUCACCAGCGCCUUGCAAUCAUCAACCCUAUUUUGAAGAGGAGGAAAACUUAGAGAGAAUGAUACCGUCAGAUUCAGUAGAGAGUUCCUGUGGGCCACCAACUUUUGCAUUGUGGGAAGAGGCAGUAGCCGCCUGCCAGUGUGAAGCAAGGUUGAAGGAAAAGGGCGAGAGCUUCAUGUUGCGAGAGGGGGAUAAUGGAGGAUCUAGGGCUUGGUUUGAGAGGGAACUUGACCUAGAGGUGAGAGCUGAGUGUUCAAUCACUGGAUUAGCCAUGAGGGUGGAGAGUUUUGCGGCAUGUGGCAUGGUGGAUGAACGACAAAUAGCAGCAAUCUGA